CUUAAAUCAUUUUUAAAUCUGAAGAUGAAAAUAUUCUAGCCAUUUAUUCAGUUUUCUCAUAUUAAACAAAAGGCACCAAAAGCAAAGGUUUUCCGGCUUAGGCUCAGGGUCUGGUAAGGGGCUGUCUGUGGGCGCCAUGUCAGGCUGUGAAGGUGGCAAAAAGAAGCCCCUGAAACAGCCCAAGAAACAGGCCAAGGAGAUGGGCGAGGAAGAUAAGGCUUUCAAGCAGAAACAAAAGGAGGAGCAGAAGAAACUGGAGGAGCUGAAAGCCAAGGCCGUGGGGAAGGGGCCCCUGGGCACAGGUGGAAUUAAGAAAUCUGGCAAAAAGCUGUUCCUCAUACCUGAGAUGAUGGUGACCCUCUUCCAUUCCUAUUUAAACAUCUGGAUUCCCUGCCAUAAUAACGUCUUUGCCACCUACAGCUAGAAUAAAGAGUCAU